AUGCAGCUCUGGAGCCGUCCUGCGAAGACACUGCCUAUUGCGCUCAAUGGACAAGCCAUAGUCGACAGCCUCACUGAAAAUAAUAAGAGAAGGGUGUGGGCUAGCAGAAUGGUAAGGGAUGACCAACUCUACAUAAUACAGGUUCAGGGCAUUGCUGGCAUCACUCCCCCAACUACGCUGGUAGUCAAGAAGUUCCAAAACAUGAACCCAGCACUGCAAGUAGACGACAAUGUCCAGUACCGCUACAUUUCGGAGAUGUUCCUGUUAGCCAGCAACUCUCACGACAACAUCAUCAAAGUCGUAGACCUCAUCCAGAGGGAAGACGCCAUCAUGCUCGUUUAUGAGUAUCCGGUGAAUGGCAGCCUUCAAUCCUGGCUGCACCAACCCAUGGAUGCUGUUCGGCCGCUGAGCUGGCCACAGAGGAGGGUCAUUGCCAUCGGCACGGCCAAAGGGCUCUGCCACAUGCACUACAGAUGCAAAAGGCCGAUCAUCCACCACAACAUCAACUCCAACAACAUCUUGCUUGAUCAGAAUUUCAAGCCUGUAAUAGCCAGUUUUGACGCUGCACAGAUGAAUAUGGCCGGGCUCGACCAACCGUUGUCAAUGGUUGGCCUGCCUCUUGGUAACUUUGGGUACGCAGCUCCAGAAUAUGGGGUUGCAGCAAGCGAGCUGACGGAGACGGUUGACACUUACAGCUUUGGGGUGCUCAUGCUGGAGCUCGUCACGGGGCGGAUGGCCAAUGAAGCUGGAGCGGAUGGUCAUUUGGCAACUUGGGCGCGGAACAACUUCACUAAGCUGAUGGCAAACCAACAGGAAAUGUUCCAGAGUGCCGUGGACAGGGACAUCCCAGAUCAAGCGUGGUACAUGGAGGAGAUGGCAACUGUGUUCAUGCUGGGCGUGGAUUGCACUGUUGGGAAUCCACAGAAAAGGCCGUCCAUGCGGAUGGCUCUCAAACGACUCCGCGGCGGCUUUGUGCGUGGCCCACUCCGUGGCCUCCUCAGCUGCUAUCUGUUGUGA